CGUCUCUCGGAAAUACUAUUCAACAUGCUAUUUAAUUUCCUACCCUCUGCAGGUGGCGCUAGUAGCCUAAAAUAUCCCCGCUCGUUGCUAAGGUGGAGUUUUACCUGUCCGGGAACUGCUUAAUAAAGGAAACUAAGUACUGUAAAUACUAUAACUACAAAAUGAAUGAUGCAGGUGUUACUUUGAAAUCGAAAUGGUCCGCGUUCUUGAUAUCACAAUUGCAAUGUAUUAAUAUAUAUAUUCUUUCAGUUGGCAGUUUAUAAGAUCGUUCACUUCUUUAGCCCACUAGGAUGGAUAAACUAUAUCUUCAAAUAACUUAACGGCCGUAACGGUCACCUAGUGAGAAGCAGCCCGUGACCUAGUUAUUUGGCGACAAUUGCAAUUAAACAAAUACAAUUAAAACGAGGCAGACCGUAAAGCGCAUCCCUGUGUUUUGAAAGGUUGUGGUAAAUUUACUUUGUGCCAUGAACACAUGAAAGUGCCAUUAAAGGAGAAUAUGCGACAUGACUACGCGUCAUGAUUUUUUUAAAGUAGCCAUGCUAUUUGCCACCGGCAGUGCCAACUACCGUUUUAUAGAGUUCUCAGUAGGCAGAGGGGUAAUGAGUAAAAUUAAGGGUUUAGGUCACUGGAGGGAGGGCAAAUGAAAUAUUUUGCUAUCAGAUUGUUAAACUAAUACAUUUCAACUGCAAUUUUCGCGUUGUCUUCUGAAGUUCUGAUAUGAUGACCGCUGAAACGAUCGCCCAUGUUUCAUUGAAGUAAAACGGUUUGUUUUAGCUAGGCUGUAUUUAUCUGAAAAAGAAAUCUGCCAACAUGCUGGGUGUAACCGUGUAAACUCCAUUCAAUAAUCUAACCAAAAGAAAACUUUUUAAGAAGAGCUUCGCCGCCUCCAAGUUAAGGGUAGGGGCAACUCCCACACUAAAUAGGUUUUUAAAGUUUUAACACCGGAGGUAAAGUUGCUUCCUAGAAAUAAGAAACUGGUAAUAUUUUACUAUUUUGUGACAUCUCAUAUUACAGAAAACCGUGUCCGCUUGUCCAGCUCAGAUUAAAUCCCCUUCCAAGAGGCCAGGCCAGCAGCGGCUAAUUUAAAAUGGUGUGACGCUGGAAGCUUAGGGGCGGCUUAUGGCUACGGAGGCGGGCAGCGCUUCAGUCGCAUGUUUCAUUCUUCACGUCUCAUAAGGGACGGGGCUGUAAAUACCUCCUUUGUAAAAGACAGCGAAUAUGGGAAACUUCCAGGGCUCGAAAUGAAUUACCUCCCGCGGACUGCCAUAUUAAAAGUUAUAUGGUUUAUUUUAUAUAGUUUAUUUUUACGUAGGAUAUACAGUACAAUACCUCGGCGAAUAGUAAUUACAGUGCAUUGCAGUACUUAUAUUAGCGGUGUUAUCAAAUAGCCUAUACGUAAUAAUUAUAAAAAAGAACAAAAACCUAUUUUGCAAUUAUUCCUAUGUUAAUAAACUCGAAUCAAAUGAGAGGGGCGCGUAUACGUCGUGAGAGCAUGUUACAGUUGAGUUAAAUUAGCUCUGUUGAGUUUAUUUUAUCCGCCAGCUCGGCUAUGUCAGCUUUCUUCUUUGACCUGCACUCUAACGCCGGCGAGACUUCAGCACCGUGGGAGCUGGAUAGCGACUGUAUGGAGCCCCCCGAGGACAAGGGACCCUCCCGGGAGGCGGCUGUGUUCCGGGGGCGCUCGCACCCUUGUACCAGCCGUAGUGAUCUGGAUAUAGAGCUGGAACAGGAGCUGGACUUGCUUAUUGGCGACUGUGGAGAAGCUGCAGAUUUAUCCGGUCUGGAAACCAACUUAUUGACGCUCUUCCGACGAAAAGAAAAGGAUUUAAUCUUGGCCGCCAAGAUUGGGAAAACAUUACUGGAGCGAAACGAAGAGCUGACUAAGCAAUAUGAAAACAUACACAGAAACCUUAAUGAAAGACUAGAGCAGACGGAGCAGGAGCGGCAUGAGCUGCGGCGGCGGCUGGAGGCCAGGCAGGGGGAGUGGGAGGCCCGUGUGGCCGAGCUGGAGAUGGACCUGCAGCAGCUGCAGGGCAAGCUGGAGCUCCAGCAGGCCCGCGCCCGUGAGCUGGACCGCGAGAAGAACCAGGCUGUCACCGAGCUCUUGGAGCAGAACCACAAGCUGCUGGAACAGCUGAGCAGGGCGACAGAAGCCGAGAGGGUGCUGUCCACCCAGGUCCAGGUGCUGCGGGAAGACUUCAGGAAGAAGAACAUCUCCAUCAAUCAGCACAUUUCUCGUCUUGAAAGCCUACAAGCUGAGAUACGGUGUCUUUCUGAAAGAAAGAGAGAGCUGGAGCGGAGGAUGAACGCCGUGCGAAGGGAAAACGAGGUGCUCCACGCGGCCGUGGAUGAGCUGCACGAGCGGGCGCUCGCGCUCGAGAAGAACUGUCGUGAAAAGGAUUUGCAACUGCGGCAGAGCCAGCUGGACCUGCAGGAGGUGCGCGUCUCGAGCCAGCAGCUCGGCUUGCACUUGGAGGAGCUGAACCAGGAGGGGAGCUCUGUAGAGCCAGACUCACAAACGUUUAGCCUCCAAUGUGAGAUGGAGCGGGAGGAGGAAGAGGAGAACCAGGUUAGCACUGAGCUGCGUUCCAGGCUGCCUGACACCCGCUGCCAGGUGGGCUCACUCUACCUGCACCUGCGAGGCAGCAACGCCAUGGAGCCCAUACUGUCCUGCAACACCCUGACAGCCAGGGACCCGUCUGCUACCGGUCUCCAUGGCGACCUGCUGGACAGCGCAGAGUCCACGAUCUCACCGCACUGUGAUGAGGAGGUGCUGGAGGACCAGGUGAGGAGACUAAGAGAAGAGCUGCAGGGAUCCAGAGAGCGUUAUAAGGAAGAGCAGGAGAGGUUCUGCAGCAGCCAGCAGGAGGUGCUGCAACUUCACAGUCAGGUGGCGCUGCUCUCUGUAGAGCUGUGCUCUCUGAGGGAGGAAGCUGGGAGUCUGCGAGCCCUGGCAGAAGCCCGGGAACCUGGGGAGCGACUGCUGAGCGCCAUACGAGACCGAGACGAUGCAGUUGCCAAGAAGAAUGCGAUGGAGAUGGAGCUGGCCCAGUGCAAGAUUGACAUCAUGUCCCUCAACAGUCAGCUGCUGGAUGCCAUCCAUCAGAAACUCAGCCUUUCACAGCAGCUUGAGGCUUGGCAGGACGACAUGCUCAGGAUCGUCAAUCAGCAGCUGAUGGACAAACACCAGGAUGAGUUCUGGGUCUCUCCGUACUCCUUCUCUGGUGGAAACGCAAGACUGGCGUCAACCGCGGCACGUUGUCAUGGGAACGGGGACAAGAAACUCUUCUCGUUCUUCAAGAAGAACUGAACCAUUCUGUGAGAAUAUGGUGAGGUAUAAGCCUAAAUAUCUUGGCUAUAUGAGGCUAUUAUAAUGAACCUGGAAUAGUGUGGGCCACAAACUGGAAGAUUUUCCUUAAUUCUCAUCAGUAGAAUUUAAACACCCAGUGAUGGGUGGAGCUGCGGGGGCCCAGUAUGAGCUCUGCCCCUGGAUCCACCCUUUAAGCUGCAUGUUCAGGAGCAGGACCCCCAGUGUCAGUUUUUGUGCACAGAGCGCCACCUGUCUGUUCAAAUAUGUAACAGACAUCUGCUGCAGUCAUACAACAAAUAAGCUAAGAAAACUCUUAAUCCCACUGAGGGUGUGGGUUUAAACAGUAUGCAGAGACCAGAGAGCUGAAUCACACAGGUACAGGGGAACCCAGCUGCCACCAUAACCCAGCAAACCUGUGCAAGUCUGUUUUGCCAAUGCAAGUGUAAGUGAAAGAGUAUUAAAAAAAAAUAGGAUUCCGAAGCAUUUUCUAACUAUGCCAUCAUGAGAUCAGAGACACUGUUUUAUGAACCUUCACUGAAGCACGUCAACAAAGUUGCCAGGGCAGUCAGACUGGAAUGAUUACGACAUUGAUGUGACCACAGGAACGCCUUGAGCAAUUCAAGAGCGGAGUGUGACGCUCUGGGGGCAAGGCGCACUCAGCCAUAUGUAACCGCUGUGGAAAACACCCAGCACAGCUGCACUAGUGAAGAAGAGGAUAAUAAAAGUCCUGGGGAACACCGUUAGCUCCCUUUACCUGACCAGAUCCCUGGCAUCACCCAUCUUCCAUAAGCACUUAAUUUAGGGUCACAACAGGCCUGGAUGCCACCCCACGGCUCGGCAGACACUACGGGCAAUUUGGAUGCCAGUUUGCUGAAAUGCGUGUUUUUGGACUGUGCAAAGAAGCCUGAGGCUCUGGUGAAAACACAGGGAGCAGGAAUGCAAAGCCCACAUACAGACCCAAAGCCACAGUGCUACACCCCGGGCAGCUGCAUGGUUUUAGAGAACAAGUGACACGGCAAACCUACCAUGACAAAAUGUUUUGAGUGACCUCCUCGCUAAAGCUAAAGCGGACACCACCGCCAGCUCCAGUAUCGGCGGCUAAUGCUAACGUCGCUGAAGAGUGCAGGACACGGCAGCGGCUGAGCUCCCGUCAGCAUGCCUUUGUCAGAAGCCUGCCCUGCAGCAGCCGGGUCUGCUGAAUGCUGAUGAGCUGGGCUUGAGCCUGCUUGCACUGCGCCUGCCUCUUGGCCGUAUUCCAACAGGAAUCCAACAGGACUCUUCAUCACCAUCAUCAUCUCGUGGUGUCAUACAACGGUGGUGGUAUUUUAACCCAUUCUUCAGUCACCUUACAACUCUAAUAUAAUAUAAAUACAACAGACAACCUGUUUAAAUAUAUUGUUUGGUCUAAUGGGCUACCAAGGCCUUAAAUCAAAUAUAAAAAACUAAUGUUAUUUUUAGUAUAACAUUAUCGAAGAUGUCUGUUAAUACUCCUACUGUUUAACCAACCAAUAAAAAUAAACGUAUUCAAAAUGA